AAUAGCCUUCCCGCCUAAAGAGGUAAAACUCUUUCAGCGAAGUGAAUCAGAGGGAGAAGUAAAGGGACGGAGUCACGGAGAUGAGCGUAGAGGAUCUGCCGACGAAGGAGGCUAACGUGCUCAAGGGGCACGAGGGCGCAGUUUUGGCCGCGAGGUUCAAUGCAAACGGUGAUUAUUGCCUGAGCUGCGGCAAAGAUAGAACCAUUCGCCUCUGGAAUCCCCACCGUGGGAUUCACAUCAAGACCUACAAAUCCCACGGCCGUGAAGUUCGUGACGUCCAUGUCUCCCCGUACAUGGUGAAGCUAGUGAUGGGGCUUGUAGAAAAGUGUACAAAGAUUCGGGUAUUGGUGGUCACGGAGGUCAAGUGGUGGCAAUGUGAUGUUUUGGAAGGGGUUUUGGUGUUGAGCACUUGGGUUUAUGGUGAAGUUGGUGCUUUGUCAUAUGGUGCUGUGAAGAGGAUGAGUCAUGAGAAGUUGUCCAUGAAAGUUGUAGUGGACUGUUACGAUGGACCAAAAGAAGGGGAUUCUGUUACUGAAACUAGUGCCAAAGGACUGUCCUUGGAUAACUCCAAACUAUGUUCUUGUGGUGGUGAUCGACAAAUCUUCUAUUGGGAUGUAGCAACCGGUCGUGUUAUUCGAAAAUUUCGUGGUCAUGACAGUGAGGUGAAUGCUGUGAAGUUUAAUGAGUAUGCGUCUGUAGUGGUAUCGGCAGGGUAUGAUCAGUCACUGCGAGCUUGGGACUGCAGAUCUCACAGCACUGAGCCAAUUCAGAUAAUUGACACAUUUUUGGAUAGUGUAAUGUCUGUAUGUUUAACCAAAAGUGAGAUUAUUGCUGGAAGUGUAGAUGGAACUGUUCGCACAUUUGACAUUCGAAUCGGUAGGGAAAUAUCUGAUAACCUGGGGCAACCUGUCAAUUGUAUAUCUCUUUCAAAUGAUGGUAACUGCAUACUAGCAAGUUGCCUAGAUUCUACUUUAAGGCUUCUGGACAGGUCUAGUGGUGAACUAUUACAAGAAUAUAAGGGCCAUACUUGCAAGGUUAGCUUAUCUUUCAAACUGGAUUGCUGCCUUUCAAAUACUGAUGCCCAUGUGACUGGUGGAUCUGAAGAUGGCUUCAUUUACUUCUGGGAUUUGGUAGAUGCAUCAGUGUUGUCCAGUUUCCGAGCUCAUUCAUCAGUGUUUUCAUUGCAUGUCUGGCUUAGUUUAAAUUUGAGAGCUUUCUUUACUUCCAUCUAUGGUACUAGUGCUGCAGGGCUCUUAGUUUGCAACCUGGCGACUUUGUUGACAAGUCUGCUUCUGGAAGUAACUAGUGUGAGUUAUCACCCGAAGGACAGCUGUAUAAUAACUGCCUCUGUCGAUGGUAGCAUUCGGGUUUGGAAAAAUUGA